AUGUUCGAUCGAGAAGUGUACUUAGUAGCAGACAGAAGUGUAGGGCCCAUCGGGGACGUGCCGAAUCGUCCGAUAUCAGACGUUGGAGUUCUGCAAGAGAUUGAAUUGUGGAAGCUGUUCAAGGCCCAGUCACGCGUCGAUAUGUCAUUUGCUGCCAUAGAGUUGACACAAACGAGGGAAGGAUCAGCCCACGCGCCGAGAACACCGGCAGACGCGAUGUGCUCGGAGAAGAGCGUCGCGUUCGAAGAUUCGCCAACGACGAAGGAUGGCGGGAUGGGGAUGAUGGCUGAUCCCCUGGUUCAGAGCCGUAGCGACGGUUCGGUUUUCCAGCACCGGUGCAAAAUCGAGGACGAACCGGGCCACAUGAUGCGGUCGGCGCGUGCAGCGACUCGAGGCGAAAACAGGCGAGAAAAGGCGUCCGUCUUGUGCUGGGCUCUGCGCCAUGCCGUGCUGUUCGAGCAGUUCCUUCCCUCCCAUGUGGUCGAAUGGAGGUUGUGCCUGCCUAGGGACCACCGGAUGGAAGCUUUCCAUUGGAGGUGGAAAUGGGGCCCCUGCCCGGCCUGUAGUGGGAUGUCUUCGAUCCGCGGUCGUGUAGGGCAUGGUGGCACCGCCGGUAGGGUGCUAAUCGUCCAGAGCCCCAGUCGCUCACUGAAGGUUCCCAAACGCUCUCACCAAAGCCUUCCCUUCGAUCCCGCCAGCCUGGUGGGGAAGGGAACUGCUGGGACCCUGGGCCGGUCUGCCUGCCCUUCUGCUGUGGCCCACAAUCCCCAGAAAGCCCACCCUGGCCCAAGGCUAAGCGGUGGUCGCCCGCGCCAUUCCCACAAGCCCAAGUCAAACGACAGCGGAGCAACCCAGCCCGCUGAUCCGGGGAGGGAAAGGCGAGAGGAAAUCUUGGAGGCACGGGAUUCCUUUGUUACGCUCGACAUUGGCGUCUUUCCAGAUCAGCGGCGCCAUGCCAUGUCUUGCACCGGAGGCCCCUCUCCAUCGCGUGUGUUGCCUCGUGUGCCUAUCCUGUCGUCUCAGGUACAAUGA